UUCUCCACCACAACUCUCUACGUACUUCUCAACUUCAAAUAGUUUCUUUAGGGCUUUGUUUGUGUUUCCUUCAAGAACCAAUGGCUCUUAAAAACUCUCUUGCUCUCUUCCUUCUCUUCAACAUCCUUUUCUUCACUCUAACUAAUGCAACUCGCAGUACCAAUUGUCCUCCUCCACCGGGCAAACACAACAAACAUAAACCUAGCCCAACACCAACACCCACUACCGGGACUUGCCCUAUAGAUGCCCUAAAGCUCGGUGUUUGUGUUAACGCCCUUAACUUGUUGAACGAUGUGACCCUCGGAACUCCUCCUGUGACUCCAUGUUGCAGCCUUAUCAAGGGUUUGGUCGAUCUUGAAGCUGCGGUUUGUCUUUGCACUGCCCUCAAGGCUAGUGUUCUUGGCAUCAACCUUAACCUUCCCAUUAACCUUAGCUUGCUUCUCAAUGUUUGCAGCAGAAAGGCACCACGUGGCUUCCAAUGCCCUUAAAAUCAAAUCGUCGAUAUAUAAGUUACGAACCAUAAAAAAAUCUUGAAUCUUUUAUCGUUAUGUUUUCCUUUGUGGUUGAAUUGGUGAAGUUCAUGAGGAACAGCAAUGGGUUUGUGUUGUUUACUUUCAGUUGUAUCGCGAGUGAUUUGUUCAUUUG